AUGGAGCAAAUUUUUCCUCUGCCUGAUAAGAUUAGACAUGCCCUGAUUGAUGCGUUCUGCAACCCGGCCAUUGCCUCGAAAGUGAAAGCAGACCCUGCUGAUAAGGACUGCCUCGUCCGUGCCCUUUUAGGACGCAGGCGCUUCGGAGUAUUACGGCCAGGUGGGAGCAGGUUUUCCUCGCUUAGGGACUAUAAGCUCCAUGUGGACCAGGUCCAAGAGCUGGGCCUAGAUGCCGAAGAGUACGCGAGAAGCAUGGCAGAUGAUCUCGCAAUCCUGCAUUGGCAUACUAAAAUCGAUACCAUGGACAUUGAUUUUGCAUUGGGCGGCACCCUUCUAGAUCGCAAUGCUGUGCGGCGUGUACUGCCACUCAAGGAUGUAGAACGGCUUGUCCCUGACUCUAGCACGUAUGAGCAUACUACAAAGGCCGAUCCCAAUUUCAAGAGACGAAGUGUUAGUUUAUAG